AUGUUAUCUGCUCUAGGACAUUGUGAAGAUCCAGCAUGUAUUCAAUCAUCAUCAUCAUCUCAUGAAGCAGUACGAUUGUUUCGAUGCUCAAUUCAUUGUGAUCGUUUAUUGUGUUUAUUUCAUUUAAAUUCUCAUAAUGUUCUUUAUGAAGAAGAAAAGAAACAAACUGAUGCUAUUCGUGAAGAACUUCAAAAUUCUUUAACAAUUUAUCAAAGAAUAUUUGAACAGCAUAUUCAAUCCUAUAGAGAACUUGUUCAUCAAGCAUCAACUAUAUUAGUACAUAAUACAUCAUCGGCUAUUCCUAUUGAACAAAUUCGACCUGUACUAGAGAAACUUCAACGAGCUAUAGCAAUUUUUCAAAAUGAUAAAGUUAUUGUUAAAAACGAAAUAGAAUUCGAUGCAGCAGAAAUCAACACGGAGAAAAUUGAUUUGAAUAUAUUGAACGAUAUUCCUCAGAUGAAGAAAGAAAAAAUUGUGCCAACAGAUAUUCAUGCUGAGUCUAGUCCAAGAAUCGUUGUUCGACUUGAACGUGUUCAGUUUGAUAAAGGCAUGGAAGUCGGUCAUAAAUGUAGCGAUGAACAUAUACAUACAAAUCAAAACCAACAAGGAUCUAGAAAAGAUGAAAGCUCUAGAAAAUUAAGAGAUUCGAUUAAUGAUUUGAAUACAACGCCAAUCAGUACGAAUCAUGAUGGAGACAUGUCUGCAAUAAUACGAUUACGUCGAAGAACGGAUGAAAAUGAAAUACAGAAUAAUAAGCGGCCUCGUACUUCAUCGCCUAUUUCUUCUGGAACUAAGUCCAACGAAAGAGCAAAAAUGAAAAAACGCUCUUAA